AUGCCCAUCACCUUGUUCGGCCUAAGUGACGAUCUUCUGGGAGAAAUCGCCUACUGGGCUGACGAUGAUUCGAUCCUCAAUUUCCCAAGAUUCACCCCACAGCACCUCAGUUCACAUUCUAGUAUCGAAGCUCAUACCGGUGGCGAUCUUCUCAGCUUCCGAGCAACUUGUCGUCGUAUAAGAGCAAUCUGUAAGAUCAAGCCGACUAAGGUAGUUAUCGGGCGAUUCUCGCAGAUGCAGAACUGGUUAGAACAUGCCCCUAUGGCUGUAGUAUCACCCGUCAGACAUAUGGUCAUCGAUUGCGAAGCCGAUAUUUCCCCAUACAUCAACCCCGACCCCUUUUCGGGACGUGACAGAUCGCUGUCCGAAAGCGUAUGGCGUACCUUCACCAAGUUCCUCUCAAGAUUUAUCUCUCUUGAAGAGCUAGUAUUGCUCAACACACCUUUAUGUGUACAUGAACAUCAUCCAUCAGAUGUGGGUAUAAUGAAAAUUGAUCCACCCGGAUAUGAAUACCUUCCAUCACUGAGAUCACUAGCGAUUGAAGUGAAUUGCGAUACAUGUUCCGAUCAUCUGCCCAGACUAUUCGUUCAAGCCUCACCUCGUCUUCGAUACCUCAAGAUGAGAUCUUCUGACGAUUGGCGAACAACACUAGGUGUUUUGAGUAUGCUCUGGCAGGAUCGAUAUUCCCAAAACCCCUUCCCGCUGAAGAUGUUAUAUCUCCCUUUCGACGGUACCUACGAUCUUUCGAAAGAGCUACGAGAUAUUCAGUCAGCAUGGCCACUCCUGGAAGAGCUGUGUACAAAUCAUAUUGAAUAUAGUGGACCCGAAGAUCUUGGACCACCUAACCAAUAUGUGAUGUCCAAUAAAAUUGGGAACGGAGAUAGUUGGUCUCACAUAUGGACUCACAAAACGAUAGGUCUCGAUAGCAUGAUUGAGCAAAACGUAGUUGAUUGGCCGCCUCAGGAUGACCCUACUUUUAAAGAUGUCCUAAACUCCUUCAAACUGUUCAAGUACCUGAGAAAGAUCGACUGCGGCAUCAUCUUCCGUCUAUACGAAGAGAAGGAUCUUCCACCUGUGAUUAUGCCGACAGCCCCAUGGACAAGCCAACAACAAGAUACCUAUCUUCAACAAAUACGACUACGAGCUGAAGCAAGCAAAUCAAUCAAUUUCGAAGAUAUGUUGCCGGAGGCCAUGGUUCAUGCCGCCCAAAUUCUGUUUGACGAGCUACCAACUUUGGAAGAAUGUGUUUUCUGGCGCGCUGCUCCAGAAUAUUAUACGUAUCCAGACGAAUAUUGGUGUAAAUUUGUGUUUCGCAGAGAGACAAACGAUAGAGGCGAGUCGGCGGUUGUCCUGGAUCCGUAUAAACAAUAUCUCUCGAAGAGAUCAAUGGGCAGCCAGCUUGGUGGAAUUACAUUGUGA